AUGUCCGCGAACCAAAUUCACAGGCACUCUUCCUCCCGCCAUUCAUCCUCACAAAAACCUACUAGCCCAAGCUAUAAACCGCCCUUAACAACACAUCCUUCCGCAACUAUCUCGGAAUCAGUGAGCUUCCAGGGCACCCAUCCCAUUUCUAUCGGUGCAGGCACCGUCAUACACCCGCGAACCAAAUUCGUCUCCUUCGAAGGGCCCAUUAAAAUCGGAAGUGGUUGCAUUAUAGGUGAAAAAUCCAUAAUUGGUGGCCCUCAAACUUCUCCAACCCCCUUGACACCAACAACACCAUCAACUUCUAUAACACCUACAGCAACAACCAUAGCCACUGUUGUGGAAAACUCUGUUCUUAUCGGUCCCCUUGUUACCAUUAGUGCUGGCACCCACAUUUCCUCUGCUGCAACAGUCGACACUGCUGCUAUCCUGGGCCAGCGCGUGCGUGUCGCUCAACACGCGAAGGUUUGUCCCGGUUGCUGCAUUCCGGACGACGGUGUGGUUGACGCUUGGGUUGUGAUAUGGGGUGGUACUGGUAGUGGGAAUAGGCUACAGAGACGGAAAAGAGCGAAUGGGCAACAACAGCAGCAUGGCGAUGAGGCGGUGCCUUGGUUCGGGUUAGGGGGAACGGUUGUGGAAAAGGGCCGGCUGGCAGUCCUGGAGAAAGAGAGGGAAGGGUUGACUAAUCUGAUUGGAGCAGUGAACAUUGGUGGCGGAGCGAGGAGGAAGUGA